UCAUUCAUCAAUCUGUCGAAUGCUUAAUCUGCUUUACUUUUAUUUGUUGUUUCCAUGAAUUCGUCAGUUCUACUUCCUUUGUUUGUUUGAUAUUUUAUUCGGCUUAAUAUACUUCUUUUCCUAUUAUAUUCGUUGUUUACGCUGCUGAUGUAAAUACUGGAGCUGUGAUUCGCUGCAAAGUUUUUAUUGACAAACUUUCCAGAAUUCAGAUAUUUCAUAAUUCCAUUAAGCUUGACUUAGAUGGGCUUGCCAGGCUUCGAGUCCGUGCCUUUGAUAGUGAAGGUACUUUUUGAAAUGCUAAUGAUCACGAGAUGUUUGGGGCCAUUGAAUUCUCAAUUUCAUUUCUUGGUAGUGCACUCAUUGUUGUUGAUGCUCUUUUUUUCUUUUUCCUUUUUUGAGAGGCAGAGGUAGUCGCCACUCUCUGUGUGUGUUUCACUAACUGAGCUUCUUGAGAGGCAGAGGUAGUCGGCAGGCGAUCUAACCACACAGAAAAAGAAAGGAAAGGUGUGGUGUUUGGAGAAGGAGACGGGUGUCUGUAGGAUCAAUUCUGAUAGUGUGUGCAUUGUGUGCUGGAAUGGGGCUGUUGAUGCUCAACUUAAGACAAGUUGAUCCUCCAACGAGCCCCGAUUUCCCUAUGCAAAUUCACAAUUGGGAUUCAGAGUCUGAAAGCGGUGGUGGUAGGCUUGGGGUUAAGGACGAGGCAGAGAACAAGAUUAAGAGAAAAUCCAACUCCUGUGCUAUGGUGGAAGAGAUGGGAAAGGACUUCAAAGGAGGGUUCUGGGAGGAAAGUCUCAGAGUCAGGAAACUUAUUCAGCAUCACUUUGACUUGAAUGAACUUCAUAGCAUCCUUCUUUGAGUCUGGAACCCGUGAUUCAUCCUAUAGAACGUUUGAGAGAUGGAAGCUCAUAUGACUCAUUCAAUUUCAGGUGCUUCCCAUGUCCGAAAUCUUCUUCCAGAACAGUUUUGUCAGCAUGGCUUUGUGAUGGGUAAAGCAUCAGAGGCAGGUUUCGGGAAUGAAAUGUACAAAAAUUUUAGUGGUGCAGCAUUAAGUAUACUUUUAAACUGGUCCCUGAUCAUUGGGCAAAGCAGGCAAGCCUUUCUUUUCUUGUAUUUCAUAAAUUCUUUUUCCCUGCGGUAACCUGAAUUGUUUGAAAAAGUUGGUCUUUUGGCUUUCCAUGAAACCAUAUUAUAUAUUGUUUGUUUAUCAUAAAUAAAUAAAUAAAUAAAUAAAACGUUACAUAGAGCUUCCCUUGAAAGUUUAUUAGAAGAAACCUAUCAUAUGGUAACGUGAGACAAAUUUUAGAUAACUGUUACUUAUCAGUAUGCACCCUGAGAUGAGGAAUGCUGCUUCUAUUUUAUUUGGAAAGCCAGAGGUUCUCCAUUCUCGGCCUAAUGUAUUUGGGGAGAUAAUGAGAGUGCUUAUAACUCCUUCCGAGGAUGUUGAGGAUGCCUUCAAUUGGGUUCUUAGUGGAGUGGAACCUGAUAUUUCACUGCACUUGCGAAUGCUCAUGAAUAAGUAAUGCAACCCCCCAUUUAUUUCAUUUCUUGAUUAGGUUAAAUUUUGAAUUCAGAAAUAGGUUAAAUUUUGCAGCCAAUUCAUUGUGAUGUUUUAUUAUCCUUAAACUUCCCCUGUUAGUUGAUACCACGCCAAUUGUAAUGUGCACUCAUGCAUCAGAAAGCUUUCACACACACUCAACACUCCUAUGAGUUUAAUCUAUGACGCAGGUUUUUGCCUCGUGUUUACCAGAGCUGCACAGGCAGCAUUGAACUGCAUCAUAAAAGCUAAGCAAAAUCUUGGCAAGUCACCAAGACCCAGGGUAGUCAUAGUGUCAGAUACUCCCUCUCUCAUGAAAAGUAUUACACCAAAUGUAAUUAAACUUGCAGAGGUCAUUCAUUUUGAUUAUGAACUUUUCAAAGGAAAUAUAUCUGAUAGCAGAAAGGGAUUGCACAGUUUAGAUUUUAGAAUGAAAGAUUGGGGCCCAGCGCCCAGAUGGAUUGCCUUUGUAGACUUCUUUCUUGCAUCACGUGCAAAAUAUGCUGUUGCGUCCGGGGCUCACAGGCAUGUUGGGACGACUUAUGCACAGUUAAUUGCAGCACUGGCUGCAGCAAACAAUCUUGGGACAUACAUGCAUACGGUGACAAACCAACUGGUUCUAAUUUUGCAUUUUUAAGCAGCUUUCAAGGUGAUUUGUUGAGAGAAGGUUUAAGAUUUCAGAUUGGUUGGGGGCAUGUGUGGAACAGAUUUGCAGGUCCCCUUGGGUGUCAUAACCAGCCUAAUCAAUGUGCUUUCACACAUCUUCUCCCUCCGGCAUGGUGGGAUGGCCUUUGGCAAUCCCCCCUCCCCCCCACCCCAUCCAAGGGAUAUCAAGAAGUUGGCGGAGUACGGGAUCCAGUUAGCAGGGUUUGGCACAAUUGAUGAAAAUUAUCUUGACACUUUUUGUUGCUCAAGGAAGGUUGUGGUGAAAACUGUUCCAUUCCUUCUGUUUCAGCCUAUGUUUUGGCACGCCCCCCACUUUUUAUAGUUGUAACAUUAAGCCACUCAUUCUUUUGGGUUCUUCUGUUGUUCUGCCAUCAAA